AUGACCACCGUGGUGCUCUCCCCGCCCUCCGGCCCCGCCAGCUCGCCUGCAGCAGUGCCCAGCAGCAGCAAGAGCGUGCUGAUGAGCGUGGCGGCUGCAAAGGAGGCCGCGGACGCGUCGCCCUCCGACUCCGACAGCCCCACGAGCACGGCCAUUGAUCUGAGACUGAACGAGGUGGAGGGCGUCGACGUGGAGCCUGAGGAGGCGAACGACGACGAGAACGUCGAGCGCAGAGCCAACGGCGUCUCGGACGAGGCCCAGGAGCGCCCCAACAAGAAGCGGCGGCGCGUGUCUUUCGAGUGCGCGGACAUUGUGGAGUUCGAGCCCACGGUCUACACGACCAGCGUGACGUCGGGCGGCGUUCCCGUGGGCUUGUCGCUGAACGAGCGCUCGCGCUCGCGCCGACGACUGGACUCGUACGAGAUGGAGCGAGAGAGCGAGCGAGUGGGGCGGCAGAGCUACAUGGAGGAGGGCUACCUGGACCCGCAAGAGCGGGAGAUCAUCCUGAACAACGCAGGCUGUGACGAGCCCGUGAUCGCCUCGGUGGAGGCCGAGGUGAAUACCAUCAUCCAGCACAGACGCGAGUCGAAUGAGAUCGACUUUGACUUCAUGUACGGCGUCGGCGAGAUGGAGGACGACGAGGAUGAAGUUGAAGAGGAGGAGGAGGCGGAAGUGGAGGAGUCGAACACAAUGACAUUCGAGCAGGAUGGCGUCGAGGCAGCAGAGAUGAAAGAGGACGGCGAGCAGCAAGAGCACGAUGCUGAGGACGGCACUGCGCCGCCCUCUACGACCGACGAGCACUCGGUUGAGCAAGCGGAGAAAGAUCCGUCUACAGAGACUUCGGUACAUCCCUGCAGCGACAACGAGGCGGAGGCCGCGUCGAUAUAG